GAAAUCACGCGCGCGCGGGUGCGCCCGAAAGGGAACAAACAAACAGCCCCGCGAAAACGCAGCCGGAUAAGGGCACGCGCGAGGACAACCGGGCGGAUAGGCACAAGCCGCCUCGCCCCCGUUUUUUACCCCGCGGACGUGAACACGGGCAGAUUUGCAGCGGCGGCGCACGGGCACGGCGGGACGCGUUCUUAUCCACACCGACGCGGCAGGCCGUAGCGGCGCGGAGCCAACCGGGCCAGACCAGUAGGCCACGCGGCCGAAGAGAUGCGGGUGACUUCCUUGUCCCUGUCGACCGCCCCGAUCAAGCCUUCAUCCUCCCGUCCCUAUCCCUCCUCGCCUCCCCACCUCAACGCGACCAUCCCCGGCCAUCACACAUCACCAACCCGCUCCCUCCUGUCCUCCCCCCCCCCCCCCUUCUUCUCGGCUUUAAUUCGCUUCGAGUUCCGAUUCGCGAGCCCUAGGGAUCCUUUGUGACGCUGCGCAUGGAGAUCUCGUUUGAGGCGUGGGAGGGCGUGCAGCGGCACGGCCAGGACCUCGCGGACCGCCUCGCGCAGGGCUUCACGGGCCUGCUCCAGGCGCCGCCGCAGUUCCCCUGGCCGCCGUCGCCGCACAAGCGGAUGCCCUUCGAGAUCGACCUCCCCGUCGUCCCUUUCUACGCCAGCCGCGGCGGCGGCGCCCCAGGGAAGGAGUUCCCCUUCCCCACCGCGGCCGUCUCCUCGGUCAUCGACAUCGGCGGGAGGCUCGGGCAGGCCGGCGCCGAGCUCGGGGCGUCCUUCGGUGGGGCCGUUCAGCACGUUGUAAGGCAGCUGCCCGUGCCGUUCCGGAACGGCCAGAUCGUGCGGCGCAAGCUUCCGCCGCCGCAGGCGCCGCCGCCGCAGGCCUCGGUUGGUGAGGGGGCGGUGGGGCUCGCCGUCGAGAGGGCUGUGGAUAGGUGCCCCCUCGAGGCGGCGGCGGCGGCAGCAGCCGCAGCGACUGGGAGCGCCGCCGCGUCGAGCGUCAGUGGUGUUGCUGGUGGCGAUGACUUGGAUGAGGAGGACGAGGGUUUCGGCUGCGAGAUUGGGACUUUUGGGAACUUUAAGAAGUCAAAGGGUACUGUAAAUAUCUCAGCAAUGUACAAUACAAGGAGUCACGACAUUGAGAGUUCUGUUGUUGCGCGUGGAGGCCUUUGGAGGCUAGAGGCAUCACGCUGUGGUUCAACUUCUGGAAAUGAUACAUCACCCCUUUACCUUAUUCAGUUGGGGCCUCUACUAUUUGUUCGAGACUCUACGCUUCUCUUGCCUGUUCAUCUAUCAAAGCAACACCUGCUUUGGUAUGGUUAUGAUCGCAAGAAUGGAGUUCAUUCCCUCUGUCCAGCUAUAUGGUCAAAACAUAGGAGAUGGUUGAUGAUGUCGAUGAUGUGUCUCAAUCCAGUAGCUUGUUCCUUUAUGGAUCUGCAGUUCCCAAAUGGGCAACUAACUUAUGUUGCUGGUGAGGGAAUAUCAGCUAGUGGUUUUCUUCCAUUAUUUGGUGGGUUGCUUCAAGCUCAUGGGAAAUAUCCUGGAGAAACAAGAGUUAACUUUUCUUGCAAGAAUAAGCAUGGCACAACGUUCACUCCUAUGUUUCAAUGGCCCGACACGUCUGUUUCAUUUGGAGUUACUCAAGCCUUAGCAUGGAAAAGAUAUGGUCUUAUGGUGAGACCCAGCAUACAAGUCAGUGUGUGCCCUACGUUUGGAGGAAGUAAUCCUGGGGUACACGCAGAAGUUGCCCAUUCAUUGAAGGAGGAAUUGAAUUUAAUGUGUGGCCUCUCUUGCUCAAGACAUCCAUCAGCUUUUACUGCUCUCGCUAUUGGGCGAUCUAAGUGGAAUGGUCAAGUGGGCAGUUCUGGAGUGGUAAUCACCUUGGAAACACCUCUUAAUAACAUUGGAAGGCCAUCGUUAUCUGUUCAAUUGAACGGCGGUUUUGAGUUGUGAUGUGACUCCUACGCUGAAACUGUGCAUACCAGUGUAUAUAUCGUCAUCACUAAUGUCCAUGCUCCAUAGUCGUGGAGAUAGCUGCUGAGCUGAUCAACCUAGAAAGUGUAUGUGGAAGCGGGUUGCUGCUCAUUUUUUGUCACCAUAGGUCUCAAUUUGGCAAAUCAGCUGCUAUGUUACCUGUGCGGGCAGAGAAGUCAACUGCUCUGUUACCCAUUCAGCCAUCCUGGAAGAGAUGGUGAUACUUGCAGUUAAGCUCAUCUUUUUGGAAGUUCAUAUAAAGGAAAGCUGUGAGCUCUGUGACCUGCGACUCUGUGUCAGUGGGCAUCUACGUAGUCAUGCAAGAUGAUGGUCAUCAAGAAGCUUAUUCUUUUGGUGCAAGACUGACAACACUUGUAGCAAUACUUGAACAUUGUUGCUACCCAAUUGUCUGCCAUCUGUAUUGCUUGUGUUGGGUUUUAUUACCAUCACAGCUGUCUUGCAUUCUUGAAUGUUGAGACAAACUAAUUGGUGUGUUUUUUGCUGCACUGCAAUCUUGUAUUCUUCAACAUGUAAUGAUCAAUGAAUGGAAAACGAGCUUGGAGUCUUGGAUCA